AGCUAAGCAGCAAAAAAAAGUCUCCCUUGGUGGUCAGUCUAGAAUUCCUCCCACUUCUUUGAAAACGUUCUUUUGAUGCUAAAUAAUUGUGUCGACAGGAGCACUUCCCGAUUUCACCUGUUACAAUGUCAGCCCAGUCGAGGUGAAUGGUCACUUUCUUGGCGGUUACAAAGGUGUAAGUAAUAAGGAUGCAGUGGUCUCGUUCGAGCGUGUUUUAGACACGGGCGGCGGAGAGAAUCUACCAACAGGAUCCUACACAGUUGACAACAGACCCAGCAAAAACAUAUACGCUGCACGGUACACCAUGUCAUCGACUGCAGGAACAUCUGAGUCCAGGGUUGGCGUCUACAACUGUGUAUUUGACCAACCAUUCACCAACAUUACGACAAUUAUUUUGCCUGAAAGUGGUGAUAUCAUACCACGACUCCCAACUUUGACGACCAGUGUUGGUGAAAAUGUGACAUUGGCAGUGACCUACAGCGUGUCUUCAGACGAUCUACGAUGGAAGCACGACGGUGCUGAUAUAACUGAGUGGAAUGGCCAAUCGUCGGUCAGUCUCUACGAUGUUGCCAUUACCGAUGCUGGCAUCUAUGAAUGCUACCAAGAUGGUCAAUGGGCUGAUCAGAAACACGCAUUGAUGAAGCUGAUUGUGCGAGCAUGUCCGGCAAAUAAAUGGGGCUUGUCGUGUGAGGGCGACUGUCCAGUGUGCCACAAUGGCGGUGUGUGUGACGAGAGCACUGGACGUUGUCUUUGUGCGCCUGGAUUUACCGGCGACUUCUGUGAGAUACUGUUUGGCAAGAACACAUUCGGCCAGGAUUGCGGUAUCGUGUGCGCUGGAAGCAAUAUUGAUGGUUGUCAAGGAAAAUUGAUGUGUCUUCAAGAUCCCUUCGGCUGUACAUGUGCUGCCGGGUUUACAGGAUUCGAUUGCCAAGCACAUUGUCCAGACGGGUACUUUGGAGCUGGCUGUAAGUUCAAUUGCCAUUGUGAUAAUGAUGCAGUGUGCGACAAAGGCAAGGGGACAUGUCCGUCCAACGUCCCUUGCGCAGACGGUUAUAGAGGGGAGAACUGCCAAAAUUCUUGCCCGCUAGGACAAAUUGGAGUCGAUGCCUGCGUCACGUGUCCUGUUCCCGUUACAGUGAAGGAUCUCAUCAUCAGUGUGUCUAGUAACACCAGGCUGCUUACAUGGGAUGUAACGUCCAACAUGUGCCCUGUGAGUAGUUACACUGUGCAAAACCAACUGGUGUAUCGAGACCAGUGUCAACCCGUCUCGGAAACCUUCAUCCAUGUGGAGACCAUCGACGCACAGACAUUUUCUUACGCGUGGGAGGAGCCAGGAGAUGACCCCCGCUAUCUACCCUACUCCACGUACAAGAUCCGUGUGCGAGCGUGGAACGAGGCUGGGCCCGGUGAAUUUGAGAACGUCACUAGUGACGAAUUCACGACGGAUGAAGCACGACCAAGUGCACCACCAGAUAAUGUCACAUCGUUCAAUGUAUCCGAUAACAGUGUGAGCUUCCGAUGGGGUGAAGUACCCUGCGGUAGCAGAGGUGGCGUUGUCACGCAGUACAGGUACCAGCUAUCCUCUACCAACAAUACCGGUGGUGCCGAGAGUGCGUCAUCGAAUGAAAUGUUUGUGCGUAUUGAUGACGAUGUUCUUCCUUGCACCAACUACAGCUUCCAGGUCGCGGCUGUCACCAUGCUAGGUCCAGGGCCGUACAGCAACUUGACGUCUGUGACUACAUCGACCAGAGCGCACGGACCGGUGGAGAAUCUAAGCACUGGCGCAGAUCUAGAAUUGCAACCUGACAAAUUGCAAAUCACGUGGGCCGCACCGGACACAAGCAAAAACCCCUGCACACUAGAAUUCGCAGUAGAGUACGAGUUGAUAACGAGAGACCAGUGUGAGUCGCUCAGCUUACCACAGCGUGUGCGUUAUGGUUUGGGUGGGAAUGAGGGCGUCAUCAUCGGCGGCUUGGAGGCAUACUCGACGUACAAGGUGUAUGUGAGAACGAGCAACGAAGCUGGUGACAGCGAAGAGAAAUCGGUCGAAAGUAUCACACCUCCUGCAGAACCAACAGAAGUCCCUGAGGGUUUUACUUCAAGCAAUGUCACGAAAUACAGCAUUCAACUCAGCUGGGAUGAGAUACCAUGUGGUGACAGAAAUGCGGAGAUUGUGGGAUAUUUGUUGGGCUACAGGGCACUGGAGAAACCGUACGACAAGAUGUUCCAGCCGAGUGCAGCGUUCCUUCCCGUCAAUAACUCGGAAUCUGGCAGGCAGCGAAAUAUGACCGGUUUGGAACCAUCGACGGAGUAUGAGUUUAGAGUUGCUGGAAUCGCAAGGCUUGACACUGACAUUCCUGGACCCUACGCGACCAUUAGGACGUUCACAGCAGCUGAAACAAAUAUUGAGCCGCCGCUAGAGCCCUCUGUUGAUUCCUCAUUAACGACGUCAUCAACCGUCACCAUCAAAUUAACACCACCCUCCGCGUCAACGUACAUCACUGAUUUCCAGAUCGGUGUGCACCUGUUGGGACCGAUAAGCACAGCAUCAUCAGCGCGAGCACCGAGCCGCCAUUACAGACUACGCAGGGCUGUGUCACCUGUAUACGUGACUGCAGAAUUCAGCAAAGACGACCUACCCAGUCAAUUUACCGUGGGUGAUAACGGAACUUACGGGGGAUACCGAAACCUACCUUUGGAGGCUGGUGCUGAAUAUGAAAUAUACUUUGGAUCAGUCAGCCGGACUCCUGACUCGGAGACUGUAGUUUUCGGAGAUGAGCCGCUGAGGGUAAAAGUGAAUGGACGCGACAGCAAAGACUCCAGUGGCCAGCAAGGUGUCCUGGUCGCAGCUGUGCUGGUGCCUUCAAUACUUAUCGUCGUGGUAGCAACUGCUGGAGUCAUGAGAAGACGAACCCGAAAAUCGACGCGGAACACGGACGACUUCCAUUUGGAUUCAGGCAAUAGUAAUGAUCCGAAAGAAAUUCAGAAAGGCACAUACAUUGCGGCAGAGGAGAGCCGUGACUUAGGUCUAUCGAACGAGGCCGCAUCUGUAUCAAGUCUUCCUUCGCAGUCGCCUGUCGUCCCACCCAAACCCAAGCCUGCUGAACGGAAAAGACCAGUGCAACACCAACCUGUGCUUCUAGCUGAUUUUGAAGACUACGUUGGCAAGAAAAAGGCACUCGUGGAUGGCAAUGACAACGGAUUUCUGAAAGAUUACAAAACCUUGCCCGAUGAAAUUCUCCAUCUUUGCUCCGUGGCAAGACAUGAGAAGAACAGGGAGAAAAACCGCUACGCCAACAUUAUUCCUUAUGACGAUUCCCGUGUUGUGCUUGAGAAACUACCCGAUGAACCAUACUCAGAUUACGUGAAUGCAAGCUACAUUGACGGUUUCAGUGAACCGAAGAAGUACAUUGCCAGUCAAGGGCCUAACAAGGUUUCAGUGAAUGACAUGUGGCGCAUGGUUUGGCAGGAGAACACAGCCAAGAUAGUUAUGUUGACUAACCUACAGGAAGGAGUCAAGAGUAAGUGUGCGCAGUACUGGCCGGAUGACACAGCGACCUAUGGGCAGAUGACGAUCAGGUUGAAAGCAGAGGAGACACACGUGGACUACACGAUACGGGACUUCACACUACAGACGGAGGAUCAGUCUGCCAGGAAUGUUCGUCAGUAUCACUUCACAUCAUGGCCUGAUAUGGGUGUGCCCCAUGACCCCAGUAAGGUUGUCAGCUUCGUCAAAAUGGUGAAGGCGUACAAUCCAAAAGACGCAGGACACAUGAUUGUCCAUUGCAGCGCCGGAGUAGGGCGUACGGGAGCAUUCAUCGUGCUUGAUUCAAUGCUGGAUCAGGCGGAGACAGAGGGCCGAGUUGACGUCUGGAAUUUCGUCCGCGGAAUGAGACACAAAAGAAUGAAAAUGAUCCAGACUGCUGCACAGUACGAGUUUAUAUUUGAUGCCUUGCUGGAAGAUUUCAAGUUUGGCGGCACGGCUAUAGAUGAAGACGCCUUCCGCAUCGAACUGGCUGCUCUGAAGAAAGUCAAGAAGACGAGUCGGAUGACUGGCCUUCAAGAACAAUUUGAGAAACUCACCCGUGAUGUCACCAAUGUGAGCUCUGACCAGUGCCAAGGAGGUCGAGAUCCGGAAAACCUUGAUAAAAACAGGUUCCCAGACAAGAUACCAGUGGACCGUUUUAGACCACGUCUGAUGACGGAAGGAGCAGAAGGAAGCACCGACUACAUCAAUGCAUGCUUUCUGAACAGUUACAGUGCUAAAAGUGCCUACAUAGCGACGCAGAUGCCUUUGUCAAGAACCAUUGGUGAUUUGUGGCGCAUGGUUUAUGAUUAUGACUGCACUUGCAUCGUAAUGCUGAACUGCAUGGACGAUAGGGAUUCAAGCUUUGGCCAAUAUUUACCCACUAAGGGUUCUGUAGACUAUCCUCCCCUAGCCGUAAGUCUGGAAUCGGCAGACAAACUGACGAACAACAUUACACUGCGCUACCUGAGGCUAACUAACGCUAAGACCAGGGUGUCCCGUGUAGUAUGCCAUCUCCAGUUAUCCGGUUGGCCUAAUGGAAGGGUACCAGCGUCUCCAGCACCUGUUUUGAAAUUGGCAGAAGCUGCACGGGAAUGGCAGCAUGCCCAUGAGGCAGAAAGGGUCGCCAUUCACUGCGUUGACGGUGAGGGCGCUAGCGGCACAUUCUGCGCACUGCUUAACAUCUUGGAGAAACUGGACGACACGAAUGUCGUUGAUGUCUGUCAUGCAGUGAGGAAACUCAGAGAAGUUCGUCCAGGAAUAGUUCAUUCGUUGGACGAGUAUACAUUCCUCUACCAAGCGGUGCAGGCCUAUCUGGACAAAGACAUCGUGUAUGAAAAUGUUCAACUUGAGGGCUCUACAAAUGUCCGUCUCAUAAGUCAGGUAUAACAACUGCAGGGGUGAAUCGAAAUACCAAGAAACCUAAACUGGAUUUGGUAAAUUCACCUGGAUAAUUCAACACGUGAAAGAAAAAAAAACCCCAAAACCGAGAGAGACAUUUUUCUUCGAAAUUUAGUUUUAACAUUUCGAUGCAUAUUUUAUCAUUGGUUGAGUGUCAAUCUGUGGAAUUAUUAUAUCCUCAAACAUCACCCUUAAAGCAGAUAAUAAUCUUGACAUAGGAUUGUGGAUUAAACUUCUUUCUAAAUGAAAUCAUAUCAACCUAAGGCCAAAAGUUUAAGUGCUCAGUUUCCAGUGUUGCAAAGUGUUUACUCAUAAACGUAACUUGUACUGAGAACAUUGUUCGCUUGACACAAUAUUCCUUGUACACACUUACUUAGAUGUUAGAAACGGCUAAUCAUACGGUAAACCAAUAAGCAUUUCUUAGUAUCAAGAUAUUAAUCAGUGUUGUACUAUUCAAAUUUAGAAUACUCUUCUCAGAUGAAUGAAAAAACAUAUCAAAAUAUCAUAGGUGACUGUUCUGAACAAUAUAGCAACAAUACGCAAAGCUGUGAUCUCCUUGAUAAAGUCUGAGGGUUCUAAUAUUUUUGUGAAAAAUGUUAAAAAAAACUUGGACCAAUACUCAACAAUGCAGCCGGAUCGUAAGAGUAAUGUUCAUUAUCUUGAAGGACCGAUUUUUCCCUUUAAAGUAAGAAUUUUAAUUGGUCCUGGGAUACUCUGCACUACAUCAAAAAAGUGUACUCAAGUCUGUUACAAUUUCUAAAGAGUUUUAUAUCGAAUGUUUAAAUUUUUGUAAAAUUAUGUAUACUUCGCACAAAAUGAUUAGUUUCUAACAUUAAGCAACGCAAAGUUUCCUUUUUUUACUUUUAACUAUGCAGUCAAACCAGUUUGAAUAUUCCUAAAUGAUAUACAAUUAUUUUAAUAUGCAACAUUAUAAAAUCAAUUUCCGACCAUAGAGGGAGACGUUUGUACGAAGAACAAACGCAAGGUGACUGGACGGAAAAUAUUUAAGUUGUAGUUUAGUGCAGUCCAGAUGAGUAUUAUGAAAUAAAGUAGUAUAUUAAAGAUAAGAGUUUCACUUGAUCUUUGGAGUCGUGAAGGAAAACGAGAUGUUGAUAGGUUUUGUGGCUGCAAAUGACGUCUUGGGAAUUUCGCAUUUCUAUUUGGGAAAUACCUGCAAUAAAGCAUGUCUACGUACUCAAAUUUACA